AUGGAUUUGUCGUGCACACCAAGUGUUUGGAUAAAUGACUCUUUGUAUUGGUUAGUUGAAUGCGACGACUCCAAACUGAAAAUACUGGCGUUUAACCUUAGAAAGCAUCAUUUCUUUACUAUCUCCCUACCUGCUGCUGCAAAUCAUCAAAAUCUUGCAGUUGAAGAUACCAGAAUAGUGAAGUUAAGGGGAGGUUUGGCGGUGGGAUGUCUGACCGCCGCCACCAUAACUACACAAGAAUUGAAUCUCUGGGAAUUGAAGGGAUCGAAUUGUUGGAUCAAUCAUUCCAUCAUCUUACCUGAAGAACUUCAGGUUAGCUGUCAUAUAGAGCGCUGGUGCAUUAUUGGUAACCUUCCAACAGGUGAGAUAAUGUUGGCUAAUCCUAAUAAUAAUGAUGAUUCUAAUUUCACCCCUAUUUAUUCUUAUGAUUUUUCCACUGAUUUAAUCAUCUAUGAUUUUCUCCAGCCAUGCAUUCCAACAAUGGCUGCUACAUUGAAUAUCCCAGCUGUCCUAUUUCUCACUCCUGGUGCUGCGUCAAAUAGUUAUCAUUAUCAUGGUAGGAAUAAUAAUCCAAUUUCUGAUUACCCUUUUCGCGAAAUCUUUUUUCGUGAUCAUGAGCAUAGGAAAAACAAGGAAAUAUUCGAUUCGCUUGAGAAUGAUGGCAUUGAUGAGAAAAAUGGUGUCACGAGAUGUUUUGAAAGAUCACAUGACAUCGUCUUGAUCAAGACUUUUAAAGAGCUCGAAGGCAAAUAUAUCGAUUACCUCUCAGUUUUGUUCAAGAAAAAGUUUGUUCCAGUUGGCCCUCUCGUUCGAGAAAUUGAUCAAGAAGAUGGUGAGCAACAUUGUGAGAUCAUUGAAUGGCUCAAUGAGAAAGAAAAAUGUUCGACGAUUUUCGUUUCAUUUGGGUCUGAAUGUUUCUUGUCCAAUGAGGAAAUUGAAGAAUUUGCACUAGGACUUGAGCUUAGCAUGGUGAAUUUCAUAUGGGUAGUUAGAUUUCCAAUGGGAGAAAAAAAGAAUAUUUUAGAGGUUUUACCAAAAGGGUAUUUUGAGAGAGUAGAGAAUAGAGGGAUAGUAAUUGAAGGAUGGGCACCACAAGGAAGAAUUUUGGAGCAUUCGAGUAUCGGAGGAUUUGUGAGUCAUUGUGGAUGGAGUUCAGUAAUGGAGUCGCUUAAUUAUGGUGUUCCAAUUAUAGCUAUGCCCAUGCAACAUGAUCAACCACUAAACGCAAGGUUAGUGGUAAAUGAAGUAGGGGUAGGAAUGGAAAUUCAUAGAGAUGAGGAAGGAAAUCUUGGCAAAGAAGAGGUGGCUAGGGUUGUAAGAGAAGUGGUGUUAGAGAAAAGUGGAGAGAUAUUGAGGGAAAAAGUAAAUGAAUUUAGUGAGAUAAUGAGAGAAAAUGGAGAAAAUGACAUUGAUGAGGUGGUGGAAGAGUUGCAUAAGCUUUACAAGAAAACAUUAAGGCAUAAUUAUUACUUAGGAAAACUAUUUUAG